CUUUUCAAAUGUUAUCAAUAAUGUCUUAUCAUUGUUUUUGUCUUGUCUCUGCAGGUCGCACACAUCGGUCCAAUCAGGUCACGGCUCCAGAGUACAUCUUCCUCAUUUCAGAGUUGGCCGGGGAGAGACGUUUUGCCUCCAUUGUGGCGAAGAGACUAGAGAGCCUGGGUGCAUUAACCCACGGAGACAGAAGAGCCACAGAAUCCAGAGACCUGAGCAAGUACAAUUUCGAGAACAAGUAUGGCACCAAGGCUCUAGAUAAAAUCACCAAAGCAAUCCUUGGCCAUAUAGAGAACAAGGUGCCCCCUCCCAAAGGAUACCCUGGGGGUGAAGCCAUGUUCUUCAGAGAGAUGAAGAUUGGGAUGAUGGAUGUAGGCAUCUUUUGUAGGGAGCCACGCUUUGGGAUCAAUACUGAGAAAGACUGCAGCAUCACAAAGUUCUUAAACCGCAUCCUGGGCCUGGAGGUCCACAAGCAGAACCAUCUCUUCCAGUACUUCACUGACAACUUUGACUACCUGAUCGAGAAGGAUAAGAAGGAGGGCAAAUAUGACAUGGGAAUCCUAGACCUUGCUCCAGGUAACGAUGAGAUCUAUGAGGAGAAGCAGGAAACGUUCAUGACAGUUGGAAACCCUCAGGAUGGACAGGUUGUUCUCUAUAAGAUCAGCGUGGACCGAGGCAUGCCCUGGGACGAGGCCCUGAACCGGUCCCUGAAGCUCAGCGGGCCCGAUGACGGAUUCUACCUGUCGCUGAAGCUGCGAGGGAACCACCCAUGUGUGCUGCUAGCUGAGCAGGGAAGAGGCAAGAACCUCAUCGUCUACAAGCCCAACAUCGGCAAGCAGACGCACCCCGAGAGCCUGGACAACCUGCAGCUGCGCUACAGAAAGGUGACUUCAGAGGAAGCGAGGGACAGCUGGGAGAACCAGUUCAACUUCUCCUUCAAGAAGUGCAGCCAUGCCAACUGGAAUGGGAAGUGUAAGAAGAUAGAGGAAGGUCAAGAGUGUCUGCAGGGCAUGCGGCUUCGUCAGUACCACAUGCUGUGUGGAGCUCUGCUGCGUGUGUGGAAGCGUGUGUCUGACGUGGUGUCGGACAUCACCAGCUCCAGCAUCCUGCAGAUUGUCCGUCUAAAAACCAAACAUCAUAACAAGCAAGUCGGCAUCAAGAUCCCGGAGAACUGUGUGGCGCGCGUGCGAGAGGAGCUGCUGCAGAUGGACGACGAGGUGAAGAGGAGGCGGAAGGAGCGGGAGCAGCAGGCCGUGGAGCAGCGGCAGGCUCAGGACCGCAAUCGUAAGAUGGAGCAGGACAACAAACACCUGGCCAAUCUGUUCAUCCACAAGCCGAUGCUCAACCAGUCCCUCGCUCAGACUCUCGCCCAGAGCCAGAGCCAGCUCCUCAAACAGAAACCCAACGAAAACGCUCAGCGAAGGCAGAGCUUGAGCAGCUCUCAGCUUCAGAGACUGCAAGCCCAAGCCAAGUCGGCUUUACAGCAGCCCUCCAAGAACGCCCCCCUGCUGUCCUUACAGAGAAACCCCGGCCAAUCCCAGCAGAGGACCCACAACAGCUGGCUCAACACCAACCAGGCCUCCAACAUGGCCAGCAUCCGCUCCCAGUUUUUCUCCCAGUCCUUCGCACCGCCUUUUCCACAGAGGAAAAACGCUUCACUCCAACAGACCACGCUGUCGCCCAGCUUGCCCUCCAAGAAUCCCCUGGAUGACAUCUUGGAUCUGACUAUGGGCUCCUCCUCCCCGGACACCAUGGACGGCGGGCUAAAUCUGGAAAGUCUGGCAGGCCACGCUGCAUUCACAGACGACUUUAACCUGGAGUCUCUGAUCUCUCAGACUGCAUCGAAUGCUCAGCAGCAGGCUGCACAGAUCCAGCAGCCGCUUCUCUUGCAGCAGCAGCAGCAGCAGCAGCAGCAGCAGCAGCAGCAGCAGCAGCAGCAGCAGCAUCUACAGCAGAGGAGCCAGAACCUGCUGGCCAACAGCCACCAAGACUUGUUAGAUUUAUUUGACUUGCCCCUGUCUCCCCAGAUGCCCACACAGAAAGCCAGCCCUUCCUCCUCUACCUCCUCCUGCUCUUCCUCUGCGUCCUCCACCUCCAACAACCUGGUUCCUCUCGCCUCUGCCGGCCUCCCCCCCGCCUCCAGCCUCCUCCCCACCCCCUCCCCGUCUUCUCUCUUCUCCAGCCCGUCCCCGUCCUCCUCUCUGUUUUCCAACUCGUCGCCUCGCUUCUCAUCAAACUAUCUCCUCCCUCAGUCAGACUCGCUUUCAUUACCCAACGGACACCCCGGCACCCUGGACGCCCGCGAGGCUCUGAACAUCAUGCUGCAAGAGGCAGCAGAUCGCAAGUCCGUCAUUAAGUACCGCCCACCAGAGUGAGAGCUCGAACAGUACAGCUCGUCUGGACUCUGCUUCUUCUUUUGUUGUCUUUUAAAGCAGAUUGUGUCUUGUUUGCUGCUGUCUAUGAACGCCUCCUCGGACCUUCCCUCCCCCCCUCCCCCUCAGGGCCUAUAGUCACGUCACUGCCUGUCCUGCGCUCGGCUCACCCUUCCCUUUACCCACCUGUAGCGUUCACCUGCUUUAGGCCAUACAUAGCGGGCUCCAUCAAUAUCAGAUUUCUGCACCAAAGUGAAAGGCAGCUGUAUAAAAGAAGUGAAAAGUAAUAACUGUAUUUUAUUGAUCGUACGAGCUGUCCAAACAAAAGCUCAUUCAUAGAGGUGUAGAAAUCUUUAAUAAACCUCCCGCUGCUGAUUUGACGAGGUAUGAUUGGUGAAGUUGCUGGAAGCUCUCAAUGCCUUUCACCGGCUUUAACCACAUCUUUAGACUUUGCUUUACUGUUACUUCGCUUCAUGGCCGUUUUGUCUUGACUAAAACAAGGCUGUAUGCAAGGCUUGGUUUGAGUGGAACAAAAGAUACAUUGAACUGGAAGAUGGGGGGGAAAGCAAACAGAUGGAAUCUUUUAGCUGAUAAGCCAUGAAAUGCCUCAGUUUUCCUUUUUUCGUUCUCCUACAUGCUCCCUCUUGUUUCCCUCCCUGCUUGUAUGAACACUAGUGUGAGGAAAAGGGGAGAGGAAGAGCAGUCUGCUGUUGCAAACAGUGCCUUUGGAAAAAAUCUAUAAAUGCAGUCUUUAAAAAUCCAUGUAGCCUAAUGUAUAGAUUUGUACUCUUGAGCGUUGGUUUUUCAUUUUUUUAAUUUAAACGUGGUGUAUUUGUAUUUAUCUUUUAGCCCCCCUGAGUCCGUCAGUCGAUGUUUGUGUUACACUAUGCUGGUGGUGGGUUUCAGGAAGAAGCCUCCAUUACUCUGUGUGUGCUCGUAUGUAGCUGCUCCUAAAAUAAUAGAGCGGCGGACUUAUCUUUCUUCUCUGUGUCCUUCUGUCCCUGUUGAUGCGAGCGACAGUGCGGUCAGUGCGGCACGGAUUAUUAUUGAGCAAACAUGGAUAACGAAAAAAUGUCCAAAAAUGUUAUCACCCCCAUUUUUUUUUUAAAAUCUGACAAUAACAUUUAGUGAUGUGACUCCUGGUUUGAUCUGAUUUUGAAUUUCUCAGGAAAGUCUUUGUUGUUGUUUUGUGUCAUUUUUACCAACAAACAUUUAGUUUUGAAGUACAGUGACAAAGAAUUUCACGUUUUUAUUGUCUUGAUGUCUGAAAAUGAAAGUCAUGUUGUUUUUAGCAAAAUCUGAGAUCCAUUUCUCAUUCAAAUCUGUUUCCAUUUCAGCCAGCAAGACCAUAAAAACAUUUGAAACGUGCAGACUUGUGAUGUUCUCUGUGUAUGGUAGUACAUGUUUAAAAAAACCUGUGAGAUCUGGCCAUGUUUGUGUGGAAACGAUGCACUGUAGUUGGUUCAUGACAAAAUGCCGGGAUAAGUUCAAGUGAUCAAAAAGCAAUAAAACCAUAUUCUACAUUUUAUUGUGAAACAGAAAUGCCUAAGUACUGUUUACGCUCAACAGGCAAAGCUUUGUGGUUACCUUUGCAUGGUAUGAAUCUUUUAUUUCUGUUUUGCUUCAUAGUCUUUUAGUUAAACAGAUUCUGAAAUGCAUACCACCUUUGUAUAGUAAGUUUUCACGGGAUGAUGUUUUAGUCCUCGUUAUUAUGAAAAGUUAUUGUUAUUUAUAUUUAAGGGAUAUUUAGAUUUUAGAUAUGUUAUCCUGCUUAUUAGAAUAGUCAUGGAAAUGUUUUUGGUCAGGGAAGUUUCUAGUUUUCAAGAUUACUAUAAAACAAAUUCUAUUAUAACCUGCCACCAAAUAAGAUUGCACUGUUCUGUACGUACUGCUGUACAGUGUCUGGAUUUAUUUCUGCUCAUUUCAAUUUUGCUUUCACUCGAAAAUAAUUGUUUCUCCAACUCGUAGACCUUUUGUCAGGCCUCCAAUUUGCAGAGAGAUACCAAAGUAUUCCACAGACACCCCCGAAAAGUUACUGGCUCUAAGAUAUCAGACCUUUAUCAAUCUCAGGAAGAAACCAAGAGGUGUAACGGCGGGCGUUGGCAGAAAUAUAUCAUAUCCCCUUUUAACAGCGGUGAAACUAACCAGUUCAUGUGCUAUUCUGUUCCUAACUGUGCUGUGACUCUUGCUGUAUUUAUGUUUUAGAAUUAAUGUGAUGGGUUUGUUGUUUGUCUUUGUGAACAUGUCAGUGAUUAUAAAUGUUUAUGCCUUCUUAGGGCAAAGAUCAACGGCUGUUUCUUUUUAAGGAACUUUUUUUUUUCUUCUGUGGACAAUUUUAUCUGUGCUGGACAUUUAAUUCAUGUUAAAGCUGGCGGGUUUUAGAGUCGAUUCGUAUCUUGGUUAUAUACGUGCAAUCGAUCUGUCCAAGCCUCAGCGUUAAACACAUUUCUAGAUUCAGACUCCCAGUUUCUCCGAUUCUUGAUAACGCUUCAUUUCUUUUCAUUUGCAACAUUGCAACAACUUAGCUUUUAAUAUUCCUCAUCAGGCACAUUCCCGGACAUCGGUCUGCAAAAGACUUGCCUUCAAUUUUGUUUUUCUAGUCACAAAAAUAAAGCUUUAUGCAUUUGAGGGAUUUGGACCGCGUUUUUAGGAAGAAAAAGCGUUGUUUUUAUUCUAGUUUAUUAGUGUUUUUAGGCCUUUUUAUCGUUAUUAUCAUUUUGCACUAAGAAUGGCAUAAUCAAGUUACUGUUCUCUUGUGGGUUAUGAUUGAGCGUUGCAAGCUUGUUGUUUUCCUGAUCUUUGAUGGAUAGCUCUGUGUAUACUGUAACCAUCUGUUCUUGUUUCUCCACCGUUUGCAUAUUACAUCAUCUUAUCACUCUCGAAAUAAUUUAUU